AUGACUAAAACUGUUCAACUCCACUGUCCCUCGAGCAAAAAGACAGUGGACAACUUCGUCAUAUCUCCCUUCCAGAUGCACGAGCAAGUUCUCCAGGGUAUCCGUUUGCGUCUCGGUAUCAACCACGCCGCUCUCUACACCGUCGAUGCAAAACACAUCACCAACCUAGAAUCACUGCAAGACGAUCAGCGCAUACUAGUAGCUGCAACGCCUUCGGAACACAUGUUGCCUGAUGCGCCUCCCGACUUUGUACUGUAUGAUGGGGAGGAGGGUGAGGAUGUAAAUCCAGAAAUCGAUGGUUUCGGACAGCCAUGGGAGGACCUCACUGAGCGCGAGAAGUGCGACCACAUCCAGAGCGUGGUUGAGCAGAAGCCAACGACGAGGAACAAGCUACGCAUCACCCGACCUUAUCAAUCUGUACAAGCCGACUUGACAGUUCUGCACAAUGUAGCGCCUGCUGAAGCCGAGGUGAACAUCGAUCAGCGUUGGCGCACGACUGUCGAGCACUUCCUCCCGGACGCGCUCAAGCCCAACAAAAUGAAGAUCUCUGGCAAAUUCUGGGACGAGCAGGCUCUUGCCGCCUUGGCCCUACUAAGCAGCUUUACCCACGGCCAAUCCGAACUUGCGCGAGAGUUUCUAGAGGAGGCUGUCGCCAUGCGAGCAGAGGAGUCCGAUGGUGACGAAAAGUCCCCAGUUGUCCGGAGCCAGGAUGUCCUUGACGCUAUCACGAUCAUAUACGAGCGAGCUGGUGUGAUCCCUGCCAAGUUGACGAAGCACAAGAGUGCGAAGACGAGGGAGAAGGAGCGACGGAAAGCACUCAAGGGGCGGAAGAAGGCAGAGGCCAAAGACAAGGUGGCUGGAGUUCAUUCCUAGAAUGCUGCUCACGAAGGAUUUCUUAUAGAACUCUAUGGGUUUUCGAGUAGGGUGGUAUUGGCGUUGGCGAUCGGCUUCACUACCUGGCCAUGAGAGGCUAUGCAUUACCCCAUGUAUACCCGCACUCUAUUAAGUUAGCUGCGACGACGUUCCU